CAUAAGUGUUAUCCUUUAUCUUCUUUCAGAUGCAAAACUUGAACAAUAUAAUCAUGUUUCCAGUAGACAAUCUGCUGAAAGGAGAUCUCCGUGGUGUGAAAGGGGAUUUGAAAAGACCAUUUGAUAAAGCAUGGAGAGAAUAUGAAACAAAAAUGACAAAAAUAGAGAAAGAAAAGAAACAACAAGCUAAAGAAGCAGGGUUAAUUAGGACUGAAAUAUCCCCAGCAGAGGUAGCAGAAAACUUGGAGAAAGAAAGGCAGAUGUUUCAACUUCAGAUGUGUGAAUAUCUCAUUAAAGUAAAUGAAAUUAAAACCAAAAAGGGUGUGGAACUUCUGCAGCAUUUGGUUGAAUACUACCAUGCACAAAAUAAUUUUUUCCAAGAUGGACUAAAAACAAUAGAACACUUCAGUGUCUACAUUUCAGAAUUAGCAACAAAACUUCAAAAAAUCAGACAAAAACAGGACGAGGAAAGAAAGAAGUUAAUAGAUCUUCGUAAUAUUCUGCGAUGUUCUCCUUCACUGGUUGGAAGAGAGCAAGUUGGAACAGUACAAUCAGGUUACACCCUUCACCAGCUUCACGGAAACAAACAUUACGGUUAUACCAAAACAGGUUAUCUAAACAAGAAGUCUGAUGGGAAGGUGAGAAAGGUAUGGCAGAAGCGGAAAUGUGAGACUAGGGAUGGGUAUCUCUUCAUUUAUCACUCUGAUGAAACCAAAGCACCUACCAAAUUGAAUCUACUCACUUGUCAAGUCAAAACAGUGCCAGAUGAAAAGAAAGGUUUUGAUCUUGUUUCAUAUAACAGAACAUACCACUUUCAAGCAGAAGAUGAAGGAGAAAUGGAAGCGUGGAUGUCAGUCCUGGUCAACUGUAAAGAAGGGGCCUUGCGGAAAACUUUUGAUGACACUGGGCAGCCUGAUGGAGACAAAUUAAACCAUAGUCUUUUUGAACUCCAACAAAGUAUUAUACAACAAAUUCAGCGACUUCCAGGAAAUGAUCGUUGCUGUGACUGUAAUACCACCAAAGAAUUCCUUGAUUUAGAUCCAACCUGGUUAUCCACAAAUUUUGGGAUUCUAACAUGUAUAGAAUGCUCGGGUAUCCACCGUGACUUGGGAGUCCACAUCUCGAGAAUUCAGUCUCUCACACUUGAUAACAUAGGAACCUCUCAACUGUUGCUAGCCAGAGUAAUGAGUAAUGCAGGGUUUAAUGAUGUGCUGGAGGCAACACAGUUCAGGAAGCCUUCCCCUUACAGUUCCAUGGAUGAAAGGUGCGAGUUCAUUAGGUCAAAAUAUGUGGAAAAGAAGUUUGCCAUCAGGACAUGUUCUGAUGAAAGAGACCUUAGAAAUGACCUUGAACUUGCUGUGACCUCCAAGCAUCUGUACCAGCUACUUCAGGCUUUUGUGGAAGGAGCUGACCUUACGUGGGUUCUUCCAAGUAGCAGAGGUGGUGAAACCAGUCUACAUGUUGCUAUAAGUCGGGAAGAAGGCUCAUCUCUCCAUAUUGUAGAUUUCAUUAUACAGAACAGUUCCACCAUCGACAAACAAACCAAACAUGGGAACACACCUUUGCACAUCUGUACACUUGAGAACCAAACUGAAUGUAUGAAAUUAUUAUUAAGAAGUGGGGCCAACCCCCAGAUUGAAAAUUCUGAGGGAAGGACUCCUCUAGAUAUAGCCAGAGAGAAGGAAUUUCACACAUGUAUAGAAUUGCUUGAACAUGCCCUUCAGAACAAGAAAACUCUGUUUGAAAAUGUUAACAUUGAUUGGCGGCUAACUCAAGAAGAUGGUUCAACUGACUUUAGCGAUGAAGAUUUUGCUGAUGACAAGUAUUGGGUAUUUACCAUGGGUAGCCUUAAACAUGCUGUUAAUGGGACAACCAGGCUAGCACCACGUGUCAGAAAAUUCUCUCUCUCCGUACUUGAACAAAGAGACCCUUGUGAAAGACUAGUACUGGGUACUCAAGUAACUCCUGAAAGACGAUGUUGCUCUCGGCCUCCUAGUGUCCUAGGAAAUGAGUUUCCAUCUCUCAGGUCUAAAUCAAUCUGUGAACAAAGUUCACACCUGAUGCCACCUCGGCCUCAAAGUAAAAAACCUUCUGCAGCUGCUAAAGUUGUACAUCCCAAAACAUCACAGUUUCUUAUGAGGAAAAGUGCAUCAGAAAAACCACCGUCGCAAGUCCACGGUACUCUUCAAAGACCAAAAUGUCACCCUCCUCCAGCACCACCUGGGUUCAGUAAUGAGUUACAACAGAAACUAAUUAAUGGACAAUCGUCAGAAAGUUUGUCGUCACUGGCUUCAGAUGCAGAAAAUGCUGUACCUGUUCCUCCACCUAGAAAACGUCAUGAAAGCACAAAGUAUCGCUGUCGAGCCCUGUAUGAUUGUGAAGCAGACAGAGAAGAUGAACUCUCUUUUCAAGUAGGAGAGGUUAUUGUGAUAAUUCAUGAGACUACAGAGGAUGAAGAGUGGAUGGAAGGGAUGAUUGAAGGAGAACCUCAGAGACGCGGGUUAUUUCCAUCAAGUUUUGUCCGUAUGCUGUAAUUUUAUUUCUAAAGUAAUGCUUUGAACAGAACUAAAAACAGCCAGUACUUGUGCGUGUUUACUUUAUAUCGUUGGUCAGAAUUUUGAAUUUUCAUAUUUGAAACCUAGAAUGGGCUUGUCAGUAUGACAGCUACUUCGUAGUUACAGAUGUCUGAAAAUAAGACUGUGAUUUUUAUGAAAAUAUUCCACACAGUCUGCUCACUGACUUUCUUGGCAGCUUAUGUGAUGAUGAUAAAAAUCUGUUGUAUGAUUAUUUUAUGAAGAUUUCUACUGAUUCCUGUCUUGUAUAUAGAACAAUUAUUGUCAAAGCAAGAUUUUUUUUAGACUUCAUGAUGAUGCAUUAACAUUCCCUAAACAACAUAAAGACUAGAUUGAAGGUGUUAAUUCACAUCAAGUAAACCACCAACUUCAGUGUUAACCACUCAUCAAACCAGUGGAGGUUCAUUUUACUAAAAUUUUCAACAUUCUCACAUAGUUUCUUCUAUUUCUGUUUAAAGAAAGACAAUGUCAAAAAUUAACAGCAAGUAAAGAGUUAAGUUUUUCUUCUGUUUAUGUGAUCAUGACCGGUUUUAUGUGUCAUAGGUUGUAUUGUGUUUGGUUACUUUGCAGUUGGACCUAGUAUAAGGCUAUAAUUCUGUUUUCUUAAACAUAAUAAUUGUUAAUCCUACUUUUUUUAAGUCAGUGCUUCAAAGUAAAGCAAAAGUUAAAACAUGAAAAAGAAUAAACAUGAAGUUAAUGUGGAAAUAUUAUUUUUCAUCUCACAACCUUGGAGCAUGAGCAUAUUGUAAUUAAUUUUAUUUCAUUUGUUAUAAAUGAAAGCUUUGUUCCAGUAGUUUAACAUCCUAGUCUUGUAAAUAAGACAGUUGUGAACAUAUAUAUAUAUUGUUUCGGUUUUUCUAAAUAACCAUUCUUUAUAGUAAAAUGUAUAAAAUUUCAAACAGUUAUUUUAAUAUGGCAUCAAAUAAAGUUUAGUCUAAUGUCAAUUGACAGUAGAAAUUUGGUUCAGAUACAUUUUCUUAUGCUUUAUUAAUUUUACACUUUAGCUAUGUGUGAUUCAGAAUAAAAAUUUUAUUAUAAAUAAGCA